UCGAGCCACGUCAGAAUCCUAUAAAUGCAAGAGAGAGAGUCAGUAAAGCUACGAGUACUCUCCUCUCCCAUCUAUUCAAAAUACUACCACUCUCCAUUAAUCUUCUCUUUUGCUUCUCUUUUGCUCCACACCCUCCUCUGCUUCACCUCUCCAAGCAUCCUCCAUUAAUUCCGCACCCCAUCUCGACCUUCUUUACAACCAUGUCGCCAACCGCUGGACGUGUUAUCACCUGCAAGGCGGCGGUGGCGUGGGAGGCGGGGAAGCCGCUGGUGAUAGAGGAGGUGGAGGUGGCGCCGCCGCAGGCGACGGAGGUGAGGGUGAAGAUUAAGUUCACCGCCCUCUGCCAUACGGACCUCCAUUUCUGGGAAGCCAAGGGUGAAAGUCCAUUAUUUCCCCGCAUAUUCGGCCACGAAGCGGCAGGAAUCGUGGAGAGUGUCGGCGAAGGCGUGACGGAACUUAAAGAGGGAGAUCACGUACUUCCCGUCUUCACCGGAGAAUGUAAGGACUGCGCGCACUGCAAGUCGGAGGAGAGCAACAUGUGCGACAUUCUUAGAAUCAACACCGAGCGUGGCGUGAUGCUCAGCGACGGAAACGCGCGGUUCUCCAAGAAGGGCACUCCCAUAUAUCACUUUCUGGGCACAUCCACCUUCAGCGAGUACACAGUCGUCCACUCCGGCUGCCUCGCCAAGAUCGACCCCUACGCUCCUCUCGACAAAGUCUGCGUUCUCAGCUGCGGCAUAUCAACAGGCUUGGGGGCUACUCUGAAUGUUGCUAGACCGAAGAAGGGCUCGACGGUUGCGGUGUUCGGGCUCGGAGCUGUCGGCCUUGCAGCUGCAGAAGGUGCGAGAAUAGCCGGAGCAUCUAGAAUUAUCGGUGUCGAUUUGAUUCCCAGCAGAUUCGAGGAAGCCAAGAAGUUUGGUGUCACUGAAUUCGUCAAUCCGAAGGAUUACGACAAACCUGUUCAAGAGGUCAUUGCAGAGAUGACCAACGGCGGAGUUGACAGGAGCAUCGAGUGCACGGGCAACAUCGGUUGCAUGAUUUCUGCUUUUGAAUGUGUUCACGAUGGUUGGGGUGUUGCUGUGCUCGUCGGAGUGCCCCACAAGGACGACUCGUUCAAGACGAAGCCGAUAAAUAUCCUGAACGAGAGGACUCUGAAAGGAACCUUCUUCGGGAACUACAAGCCGCGAACGGACCUGCCCAAAGUCGUCGAUUUGUACAUGAAGAAGAAACUGGAAGUGGAGAAGUUCAUCACUCACAGAGUGCCGUUCUCGGAGAUCAACAAGGCAUUCGACUGCAUGGUCAAGGGCCAAAGCAUUCGCUGCAUCAUCAGUUUGGAAGAAUAGAUGUGCCGAAUAUACGGCGCAAAAAGUAAUCGUUACUCCGUUACGAGAGUUACUUUAGAAGUGCUUACCAAUAAAAUCUGCAUAUAAUCUCCCUUUACGGGAGUGAAGCAAAUCUGGAACUAUGUUUGUAAUUUUGUACUCACUCUAUGAGCAAUAACAUGCUCUGCAUGUUUUGAGGCAUA